AUGAAUUCAAUUUUGAAACUAUCUUUUCGACAAACCGAAAAUCUUCUUCGUCUAACAAAAACAAUUGUACAUGCAUAUCAAUUACAAUAUAUACUUGUCAAUGAUAAUACAAAUGAUCAAUGUUCAUUUUCAUAUGAUUUAUGUAAUGAACUUCGAUUUAUACAAAAACAUUUACAUUCCACUUGUUUUUUACUUCAACAAGCACUCUAUCGUAUUCAAGCAUUAAGACAAGUACGUGCCGAUUUACCUAUUCGAAUUGAUCAGAAUAUUUUUAUUAAAUACGAAGAAAAUCUUUCGUACGAAUUAAAAAAUAUUCAAGAAAUUAUUUUAUCAAUAAUUAAUGAAAAUAUGUUAAUAGAUUCACCUUUAAAUACUCUACAAAUCUUAUAUAAAGAAAUUCAAGAAAAUUUCGAAAUAUUUCUUGAUUAUAUCUAUGCAAAUCCGAUACAUAAAAGUACGGUAUUUGUAGGAAAUUUAGUAUCGAAUACACUUGAAAGAUUUUAUUUAAUUCUUGGUACACUCGCUCGACUUGUUACAGAAAUAAAAUAA